CAGAACUGCAGAUGUUCGAGGGAGGCACGUGGGUCUGCAAAGCACCAGUGACUGUACCUUGACAGCAACGGACUGACAACAAUCAACAGUGCUAAAUCAUUCUAUUUAUUUUAGUUUUUUAAAUCAAGAUUCGAAAUGGGAAAGAUGAAGGGUAGAAGUCUUUCCGACGCGAAAUUGGCCGGAAAGAAUGGGCGCAAAGCUAAAAACCCUUUUGAAGUGCAUGUCAACAGGCAGAAAUUCAACGUUCUCGGUAGGAAAAUGAAAACCGACUUUGGCCUGCCAGGGGUGUCCAGGGCAAAAGCGUUAAAAAAGAGAAAAGAAACACUUUUACAAGAGUAUAAAAUUAAAAAUAAAUCAAACCGGUUUCUUGAUAGAAGAAUUGGUGAAAAGAAUUCAGCCAUGACAAAAGAUGACAAAAUAAUGGCUCGUUUCACAGCUGAAAGGAUGAAAACUUUUAACAAGAAAACGAUUUAUAAUCUCAUAGAUGAUGAGGUUUUAACACAUAGGGGUAGAACUUUAGCAGAAAUUGAAAAUGAUGAUCCAAGGAGUGAUGAUGACAAUGAAUACGGUCCAAAAGGCCUUGAUGCACAAUUUGUGGAGGAAGCGCAUUUUGGUGGUGGCUUAUUGAAGAAAGUGGAAGGUGGUAGGGCGACGGUUAUUGAACAGUUGAUAGCGGAAUCGAAAACGCGAAAAGCUGAAAAGGCGCAAGAAAAGGAAAAAAAUAUUGAGGCGACUGACAAGCUCGACAAAGAGUGGAGAGACCUUAUGCCAUUUUUGGCUUCAAAAUCAAAAGCUGCCGAAAGUGCAGAAGAACAGCCGGCGAAGAAAUUCAAAAAAGACGAUUUCGACGUUUUGCUCAAUGAGCUCAGAUUUGAAGCUCGAGGAACUCCUCAAGAUCGGUUAAAAACUGAAGAGGAAAUUGCUAAACAAGAAGCCAAAAAAUUAGCAGAGUUAGAAGAAGAACGUAUAAGAAGGAUGAAAGGUGAUGAUAUGAAGGAAAUCCUUCCUACUAGCAGACACAGAAGUGCUGAUGAUUUAGAUGAUGGAUUGGAUAUAGAAGAGGAAGAAACUUAUGUUUUGACUUAUGAUAAAGAUGGAAAACCAGUUGGCUUAAACAAUGAUGAUAACAUGUUUAAGAAGAGAACAUUAGACUCAUUUGCAAAUGGAGAUGGUGAGUGUGAUUAUGAUGAAGACGAUGACGAGGAAGAAGAAAGCGAAGAUGAUGAAGAAAAUGGGCCGGAAGACUUAUCCGAUCUUAAAGUAGGUCUAUAUGAUGAAGAAAACAAAGAAGAUAAAGAAAACGAGAGCAAUGAAGAAGAAGAAGAAGAAACAAAGGAAAGUAAAAAUAUAGAAGAGGAAAACUUAGAAACUGAUACAAAAAAGAGUGCGAAAAAAAAUGAAACAGACAACACAACAAACAGAGAAGAGAAAUGUUUGGAAAGCGAGGCAACCAAAAUGGACGAUGAACAGAAAAAGAAAAAAGUCACAUUCAGCAACGAACUUAAAGUUAAAAGCUAUAUAAAAGAUUCUGAACUGUUGAAAAGACCUGAUAAAAUGAAAUCAAAAAAGGACGAGGAAGUUAUGGAAAAAGCAAGACAGGAACUCCCUUAUACUUUCAGUGUUCCUGAUGAGUAUGACGGGUUUUUAACAUUGAUGAAGCCUAAAACGCCAACAGAACAGACAGUAGUGAUUGAAAGGAUGAUAAAGUGCAAUCAUCCAAGCCUCCUUAAAGAAAAUCUACAAAAAAUGGAACUACUUUUCAAAUAUUUAAUCUGUUAUUUUGACGAAGAACACUCGGAAGUUUGGACAUUACUUGACUAUCUUAGUGAACAUCUGUACACGCUGGUUCAUUUUGCUCCAGCAAAUACGGCCAAGACUGUCAUAGACGCAUUGACAAAGAAACACUCUUCUUAUAAACAAAAAAAAGGAAAAUACCCAAACUUAAGUACUCUUGUUCUUUUUAAAUUGAUAACUAGACUUUAUCCAACGUCUGAUAAAUGGCAUUUAGUUGCAACUCCUUGCAUAAUUUUCAUAUCAGAAUUACUUAGAGAAUGUCAUGUGACAAACAAACGUUCCGUAUCUUCUGGUAUGUUCUUAGUUUCUCUUCUAUCUCAGUUUGUGCGAUUGUCUAAAAGGCUGUUGCCUGAGGGGAUGAAUUUUCUGUCUGGGAUCAUCCACAUGUGUUGUCCACCAAGUUCAUCGACGUUCGUCACGAUGCCGUUCAAAAAGGAGAAUAAAAUCCUCUUUUUACAACAGCCAGUGACAGAAUUGGACGUGGAAUACAAAAUGUAUUCAAGUGAUUUGACAAAUGCCACUAAAACUGAUGACAGCUUUCGUGUAAGGUGUUUGUUCACUUGUCUUAGACUUGUGCAAACUUUCGCAGAUUUAUAUAAAGAUUUAAUUGGAGUUUCACUCUUUCUUCAACCAAUUUUAAACAAUGUUAAAAAAAUUGAGGUUGAUAAAUACCCUUUAAAAAUUCAAGAGAUGAUCAGUUCAGUAAUAGAACGUUUGCAGCAUUUUAAGGAAAUUGGUUUCUCUCCGAUUACUUUUGAAGAGAAAAAACCAAAAGCUCUUAGGCUCUAUGAGCCUGACUUCCAGCCUGUGUUUGACGGGAAGAAGAAACCGGGAAAAUCAUCGGAGCACACAAAGCUGUUGAGCAAAUAUAAAAAGGAGAUGAAGGGCGCCCUGAGGGAGAUCAGAAAGGACAGAUCGUUCCUCGCUUCUAUCAAAUUCAAAGAACAGGCAGAAAGUGAUGCCGAGAGGAUCAGGAGGGUGAAACAGAUAUACAGCUGGGGUGCAGAGCAACAAGGAGAGUUGAACAAGCUAGAGAGGAAGAAGAAAAGUAAAAAAUGAAAAAAAUUUUCUUUCUAAAAAAAAAUGUAUGUGUAUAAAGUUGAUAUUUUUUUUAUCAAAUAU